AUGUUUGAUGGAGGGACAACUGAUGCUAGAGUUGGUAUUAAUAUGGUGAAAGAUACAGGUUUAUGGGGUUUAGCUGUUUUUGGUUGCUCAUUUGAUGAAAUUAGUGUUUAUGAUUCUCUAUUCCUUCAAUUGGGUUUUCGAAAGGUUGAUUCAGAGAAGUGGGAAUUUUCAAAUGAAUGGUUUCUAGGAGGACAGAAGCACCUACUGAAGAAUAUAAAGAGGAGGAGACAUAUUUUUGUGACAAAAAUCGCCAAUUACUUCGGUUGGCUUCCCAAGGGUGUUACAAGUGUGAUUUACGGAUUCGGUCCUACUGAUGAGAGUGAACUGGAUACAUUAAGCAAGGAAAGAAGCUAUUUGAUGGUUGAAAUUCAACAACUAACAAUGUCAUUUUUGGCUAAAGCUUUUGAGAAUCCUGAUUUUGUCCAACAAUUGAUUGAAAUGAGUGAGAAGAAGAAAGAAUUGACUGUGGUGGAGUUGCUAAGAAGAGAAGAUUGCCUGCCACCCUCGGGAAGCCUAGAGAAUUUGCAAAAUGAACUAGUUUCGGCUGCGAUGGAUACAGUUGAGCAUGAACCUGGCGUUGGAAAUUGA